AUGUCGGCUGCCAAUCCUCAGCCGGAUCACUGCGGCAGGGGAUUCGUCCCAGGGUAUAUGGUGAACUAUCGUGGUUCGCAAAAAGCAGAGGAUCGAUUCGGCUUCGGAUGCAGGGAAGAAAUCUCAGACAUGCUCGACGCUCAAGACAAUGAGCCGUACCCCCAAGACUUCUCUGGCCAGUGGGAGGACUUUCCUCGCAUCGCGAGAGCACGGAUGAACCUCACCGCGCUUUCCCAGCAUUAUGACUUGUAUUUCGUGGCAUACCGGGGAUUUGUGCAUGUCUACCGCCUUGGCCGCGGCGUCAAGGUCGCCUUGAGGGAGCCCGAGGCAAUACUCGACCCGAAGGAAAGCAAGACUGCAAUGUCUGAAUACGUCAUCGGCCACAUCAACCCUCGAUGCCCACACGAGAUCAACCACAUGGUCGUGGGCGAGCUGGGGGACCAGGAAAUUCUCGUGGUCAGCAGGGACAACGGCGAUGUCAAUGCCUGGUACACGGCGACGAUAGCGGAACACAUUCGGACGCCGGAGCCGGCGAGAAAAGGCCGCAUGGAUCCCACGAAAGGCCACGGAAGGCGGACGGACGACAUAGCACGGCAGCCCCGUCCUAGGCACUUCUUUGCAGAGAAUAUCGGCAUCUCAGCAUGGGGCCUGGCAGUCCAUAAGAAGUCUCGCUUAAUAGCGGUUUCUUCAAAUGGUCAUGAGGUGACUGUAUUCGCGUUCGCGCUGAAUAACGAGAGCGAGGCUUUCAGUGGAGCUUCAACAGACAACGUCGACAUUGCCCCAAAGGCUGGUGAAGAAGUCCCAAAAAGAGACAAAGAUGUCGGCAGCGCACCAUUGAAAUGCGAGAAGGACCGUGUCACAGCACAACAGUCGACAGGUGAGUCAGAUUCACCUGCUCACAUAGUGGACAGACCAGGCGCCGAGAGAACCGAGCCCAAAAUCCUGGCCAGUGUUGGAGAAAGCCCGGCGACAGUGGGGGAAACCGCAGAGAAAAUUGACAUGCUUCAACAGAGGUUGCAAGCACGGCAGCGGACGUGGAGAGUUGUCCUGUCCUUUGGUAUAGAGGCGUCCAACAUGCCAAGCAUCGCCAUAGUCGACGACUCCGAUGGGUACGGUAGCCGGAUCGCAGCAAUCGAUAUCAAUGGCUAUCUCUACGUUGCGGACAUCUGGCAGAUUGAUGCGCAGCUGCUGCCCACCGAUACGGUCCAUGCGGCACUUGGCUUACAUCCAGACAAGACUGUUCAUCGAGCAAAGACAGCCCGUGGUGCUUGGCAGGACAUAUCCAGAUGCAUGUCGGAAGUCCGGUACGACGCUGCCUCGAGGAGGCAUAAACACCGCAUCGCCGCGUUUCAGUCUGAGGAUUACAGCGAGGACACCGAUGGAAUCACCAGAGACACCUUUGCCCUAGCAGAUUUCGAGGAAAUCACCGCCACAACGCCACGUCUAUCGGACAAGAUUUGGCAUCCGGUCUACGACCCCAACGACGGGACCGUCCUUGACAAAGGCCCCAUACGGUUAGCCAUGACGAUAGUACCUUACUCGGGCAACCACUACACCGAGUUUGCCACAGCCAGGUCACUGGUCGAAUUUGCAGGAUUCAGGGGUGCUGCAAGGCGAGCACACGAGCUGCAUGUGCCCCUGAACAUCAACCAGUUCCGGCAGAAAGCUCAGCAGUGGGAUGGGGAAGACCUGCUGCGAGAUGUUAGUUUUCUAAGGUUCAAUGAGGAGGACGCCGAGAUGCUCGCCUUGGGUGAAACUGAAACUGGUGUAGUCUGCCAUCAUGUGCUGGACAACGUGAACACGAACACCAAUGAUCCACCAUGGGACAUGGGAUUUGGAAAGAGGUGCAGCAUGCUUCUCACCAUCCCGGAGCUUCACCUCGUCAUCGCAGGCUCCAUGUGCGGACGCGUUGCACUCCUCACCUUAACCAAGCCGCCGCACGCAAAGAAUGCGCCCCGACGUGGCUUCCGCGUCGACGCCGUCUUACCCUUUCAGCACGAACAGGAGAAUUCUGAGCGUCCAUUCGUCUGCUUACUUGGCAUAGCGGUCUCGCCAAUGCCCGAGCCCCGCUCACGAGGGCUCGAGUUGAGACGGCGCCGGCGGGUGGGGAAAGGGGGCGAGCGGUCGAUCGAGCCGGAUCCACCGAGGAGGUGGAGGUUGAUACUCAACUAUCAAGACCAUACUAUCAUGCAAUACGAUAUCGUGAAACGGGAUCACGGAGAGACGGGGUCGUGGGACGACUUUGCGGGCUCCAAGGUGCGUUCCCGUCGGAGGUACAAGGCUCGUGGCAGUGACACGGACGAUGAUAGCGACUCGUGGGAUGACAGCUCGGAGGACGAAGACAUCACCAUCGGGAUGGACCAAGACCCGCACGAGGACAUAGUCGCGGAGGCGGUCGUGCAUGCAAUGUUGGACGACCUUGCCGAGGAAGAACUCGACGCGGCGUUUGGGGGCGGGGGAGAUGACGGCGAGGAGAUUGACUUCCCGGACAUGCAGAUUGCAUGA